AUGAACCAUCAGCAAUCGUCUUUACCUGUACGCUUGCACGACACUAGCGGUACUAGUGGUGCACAAUCCAUAUCAUUUGGUCCAGAACCAACUCCCAUCCAAAGAGCUCAAACACCUUUUCGUAUACCGAGGCAAAGCCAGAGUGCACUCGCUGUUCGGACAGCAAUGAAGCCAACAGCAAUGUUAACAAGGACCAGAACAAUGGAGUCAAAGAGCGACAAUAAUGUCAAACCUCCUGCUCCGCCUACACGCGCAGCACCUCCUAUACCAAGAAGGCAGACGAGUCUGAAUAUCAGGACGCGUAACCACAGGCUUUCGGGCGGCGAAGGAGGCCAUGGCGAUCAGAGACAGGACACAGUGCAAUCUUACGAGAAAGCGUUCCCGUUUCUCACGGGCGAAGACUCAGACUCACCCGGGGAUGAUUCUGUACAGAGAGCCACCGCCCAUGCAGCCAGUUAUCGUGGUCCCGGAGCUGACAUUCAUGCACACGGGUCGGUGACUCGCAAUAUCCGGACAUCCUAUGUGGCUGCUGUAGGACGACUUCCCAGUACUGCUUCGAUAUCCUCUAGUGAAACCUAUGGGGGUGAGGAUUACGAACCACAGCCUCAGGAACAGGAUCAGAACGGAAGAUUGAGCAAUGAGGAAGAGAGAGCGACACCAACAUUAGUACGCUCCUCACACCCUAAUCAGACGAGAUCUGACCACUCGUCUUUCACCCGCACACCAAGAACCGGUGGAAGUACGGGUAGCAUAAUAAAGAGGAACAGGGGCAGCGAUAUCAACGUCAGGGAUAGUAGUGAUGAUGAUGGACACCUAGAGUCGAGCCUAUCGCUUCAGCAAAGUUCCAAAAAUAGCCUCCGAACACGGACAAGGCCAUCAGAGCAGUCAAAAUCCUCAUCCUUUGCAUCGUCAUCGGUAACUGCAACAUCAGCAAAGUCUCGACAGAAUAGAGGCAGGGCAAUUACAAGACCACCUCCUCCUCCCCCGUGCCCACCUGUUCCUGGGGCUACUACCUCCUCAGAAGAGCACCUAUCUAGCCCAACAAGUAUGAGCAGGACUUCAUCCAUGACCACGCGCGUAUCAAGUCCUGCUGAAUUUGAUGCCAUGGAGUUUGGUCUGGUUGACACUCCACGGAGGGCAGACGGACGAGGAAAGGCGCCAACAAGGAGUGGAAGGGCUACAGGUUAUGAUGGUAACCAUAGUGACGACGACACUCAAGAUACCGGGUCCUAUGGUAUGGAUCUUGGCUUCACGACGCAAACAUUACCGUCUCGCAAUAACCGACAGAGUGGCCUACAAAAUGGUUCAGGAGGGUUUCUCGGCAUCGACCGUGUUCGUCAGGUUGCUGGCAAUGUGAAUGGACCGAACGGCUUUCGGGGUAGAGUAGCAGCAGCAGCCGCCAGAUACGAGACUGGAGGAGGUGCAGGAGGAAGUCUGAAUAGCAGGACAGGUGGGGUGACCAUGGGUAGUGGUACUGGUAGCUGGAGGCAGAAGGGCAACCAAGCGAGGGUGAUGAGAGGAGAUGAAAGGGUAGAGAGAGUCGGAGAAAGCAAGGACAGGGAAAAGGAGAAGCAGCCAGGACGUUGGGCAUGGCCGAGUUGGUGGUUAUGA